CUUCUCCACUCCAUCUCCGCCUCUCUCCCAGCAUGCUCGCCCUCCUCUCGGUCUACUCUGGCUACAAUGUCGCCGCCCGGCCUGCGGUGCGCAGCAUGCGCCAUGUCACCAAGCUGGCUGGUGGCGCCGCGCGCGGCGGCAACCCUCUCAUGGACAUCACGCUUGAGGAGGCGGGUGAGUUCGGCACGACCGACUUCACGAUGACCUUCAAGCGCGAUGGCGCCGUCAUCUCGCCGUGGCACGACAUCCCGCUGGAGGCGGGCAACGGCCUCUACAACAUGCUCACCGAGAUUCCGAAGAUGACCCUCAAGAAGAUGGAGGUUGACACCAAGGCGGAGGGCAACCCGAUCAAGCAGGACGAGAAGAAGGGCAAGGCGCGGCUGUACCACGGCCCGAUCUUUUGGAACUACGGCUGCCUGCCCCAGACGUGGGAGGACCCCAACGUCAAGGGCGACGAGAACGUGGGCGGUGCGUUCGGCGACAACGACCCGCUCGACGUGGUCGAGAUUGGCGCCGCCUCCCUCUCGAUGGGCUCCGUCACGCCCGUCAAGCCGCUUGGUGUGCUCUCGAUGAUCGACGACGGCGAGCUCGACUGGAAGCUGAUCGCGAUCAACGCCGCCGACGAGCACGCCGCGCAGAUCAACGACGUGGACGACAUUGAGAAGUUUUACCCGGGCACCGUCUCUGGCAUCCGCGAGUGGUUCCGGUGGUACAAGACGCCGGACGGGAAGCCGAUCAACGCGUUCGGGCACGGCGAGAAGGCGCUCAGCGCCAAGGAGGCCGUGCACGUCAUCGAGGAGACCAACGGCUUCUACAAGGACCUGAUGGCGGGCAAGGCGGACGCGGGCAAGCUGUGGACCAAGGCCGCGGUUACGGCAUGAGGAGAGCGACACUUUGGUUCCCGGCCUUUGUCGUCCGGCGCUCGCUUGCGCUUGGAAGGACUCGGCGCUCCCGGCCGGCCCGGCGGGUGAGAACUGCGAUGGUGCGGACGGGCGGGAGCUCAGAGCUUCGCUCGCGCCGCGGUGGCGCCCCGGCUAAUGUUGUUAAAAUGCAUAUAUCAAAUAAA